AAAAUUUGUAGCAGUACUAUUCCCCCUCUUAUUACGUAGUAGUUAGUGGUGCCAUGGUCUGCUUACAUGGGAGAAUGCUUCUUUUGCAACUCUCUUUGGCCGCAGUGCUAUUAGCCUAUGCAGCAACGACAAUGCUAGCAGCUGCUCAAGCCCCGCCUGAAUGCAAUGAAAGCUGUGGUGGUGUCUCAAUUCCAUAUCCGUUUGGUUUGAGUGAUGGUUGUUACCUAUAUGUGCCGGGACAAGUUGCUCAGCCAUUCAAGAUCACUUGCGACAACAGCACCUCGCAACCAUCCCUAAAGUUCUUGGAUAGCUAUUACUUUCCCACAAACAUUACCAACAUUUCUGUGGGUGAAAGUGAGCUGCAAGUAAUGGUGACGACGUCCCGAAACUGUUAUUCCAACAAUUCAUACAACUCCUCCUUGUACAGAGACAGUGUGCUCGAUCUGCCCCCUUCUUUCACCAUCUCCGACAAAAACAAGGUUUUUUCCGUUGGGUGCAACAAAGUAUCGAUGUUCAAAGGUUUUCUUCUUAAAGUCACAGAUCCAGAGCAACCCUUUGCAGUAGGGUUCAGCGGUGUAAGCUUGUGUCAAGAUGAAUUUGGCAAAAGAUUCCCCGAGACUUGCACCGGAUUUGGGUGCUCCGGAAAUCCUAUCCCUAGUGGACUGCAAAAUAUUACGGUGGCUGUGUGGACAGUUGGUAACGGCCUCGGAGCAACGGACCAGUGGGGCCUGAGCUACCCUUGCAGCUACGGCUUUGUUGUGGAUGAGCGCAACUUCACAUUCGCCGGCAAUCAAAGUUUCAAUGAACUGAACGGCAAUAGACAAGAGCUUCCGGUGCUUGCAAAUUGGGCGAUUGGGAAUGACAACUGCGAAGCAGCAAAGAAGAACAAUGAGACUGCUUUUGCAUGCAAGGGUGUGAAUUCGAAGUGUGUCGACCGCGCUGGUGGUUACUUUUGCCAGUGUGAGACAGGUUACGCAGGGAACCCGUACCUCCUCAAUGAUUGCCUAGAUAUCAAUGAGUGCAAGAAUUUAACCCUCUGUAGUGAUCAUGCAACUUGCAUAAACUCAAUUGGAAGUUACACUUGUAAAUGUGACAAGGGCUAUAGAAACGAUGACAACGACAGGAAUAGUUGUGUCCAAAUCAAGGAAACAUCCAGCAAAAAUGACAAAGAAAUGCAAAUUUCACUGGGUGUCUGUUUGAGCUUCCUAGUCAUGUUGAUUAUAACAUUUUGGAUAUACUGCGGAAUGAAAAGAAGAAAGUUCAAGCAACUCAAGGAGAAGUACUUCAAAGACAAUGGUGGCUUCUUGCUACAACAAAAAUUGGAGAAUUUUGAAGGACCUCAAGCAGCCAAAAUAUUUACAAGAGAAGAGCUUAAGAAGGCCACAAACAACUUUGAUGACAGCAGAAAAAUUGGUGAAGGAGGGUACGGAUUUGUUUACAGAGGAACAUUGCCAGAUAAAAAGGAGGUUGCCAUAAAAGUGUCAAAAAGUAAUGCCCCAAUGACCCAAAGUAAUCAAUUCAUUAAUGAGGUAAUUGUUCUUUCUCAAAUCAACCAUAGAAAUGUCGUGAGGCUCCUAGGUUGUUGUUUGGAAACCCAAACACCUUUACUGGUUUACGAGUUUAUUAGCAAUGGCACUCUUUAUGAGCACAUUCAUAAAAAGAAUGGCAAGGGACCGCUUUCUUUCGGGUUACGAAUGAAGAUCGCAGCAGAAACAGCAGGAUCCCUAGCAUACUUGCACUACUCUACUUCAAUGCAAAUUGUGCACCGAGAUGUGAAAGCAACGAAUAUACUACUGGAUGACAAUUUCACAGCCAAAGUGUCAGAUUUUGGAGCUUCGAAAUUGGUUCCUGAAGAUCAAAAUCAGCUGUCCACUUUAGUGCAAGGUACGCUUGGGUACCUAGACCCUGAAUAUCUCCAGUCAAACACACUGACAGAGAAGAGUGAUGUCUAUAGUUUCGGUGUUGUCCUUGUGGAGCUAAUAACGAGUCAAGUGGCAAUUUCUUACAAGAAGCCUGAGGCAGAGAGAAACCUAGCGAACUUUUUUGUAACGUCGGUGGAAGAGAAUCGCUUGGAUCAGAUUCUUGAUCUUGAAAUAAUCAAAGAGGGAAGCUUUGAAAUAGCUGAACAAGUUGCCCAUCUCGCCAAAAGAUGUUUAAGUUUGAAAGGAGGGGAUAGGCCUACGAUGAAAGAAGUAGCUAUGGAGCUAGAGGGAAUACUGCAAGUUAUGGCAAAGCAUCCAGAGGGAAAGCCUGAUGCCUCUCCGAAAGAGACCGACUACUUGCUUGCGAUGUCACCUGCAAAUGCUUACGUUGUUGAUGUUAGAGGUGAUGAAGGUGAAGUUAUAACCAGUAUUGACUACGACCAGAGCAUGCAGAUUCAAGCCCAGAUAAUGAAGCCUGAUGAUGGUGGGCGAUAGUUGAUUAAUAUUAGCUAGCUUCUCCUUUCAUAGCUAGUGCUGUAUUGUAUUGUUCUUAAUUUGGUUUGGAUUUGCUUUA